AUGGAUUCAAGACGUGUACGAUCUCCGUCGAUUUCUAAUACAGCCAUGCAUCGGCCAAGCAUGGCCCAUCGUUCGUCCGUUUCAAUGAUAGUCAUUGACUAUCCAUGGACAAAGACCAAAGAAGAUGUUGCCGCCUUUUACAAUGUUGAAGAGAUAAAAGGUCUCUCUGAAGAACGUGUUAAACGUGAUCUGGAAAGAUAUGGACCUAAUGAAUUACCAGCCGAAGAGGGCAAGCCACUGUGGAAGCUCAUUUUAGAACAAUUCGACGACCUUCUAGUCAAAAUCUUACUUGCUGCCGCUUGCAUUUCAUUCGUCUUAGCUCUUUUCGAAGAACACAAAGAAGAAGACAGUCUUGUCGCAGCUUUUGUUGAACCACUUGUUAUUCUUCUUAUUCUCAUUGCAAAUGCUGCCGUUGGAGUAUGGCAGGAACGAAAUGCAGAGAGUGCCAUCGAAGCCUUGAAAGAAUAUGAGCCUGAAAUCGCGAAAGUUGUUCGACAAAAUCGACCGGGACAAAUCCAACGGAUCAAAGCACGAGAUCUCGUACCAGGAGAUAUUGUGGAAGUAGCUGUUGGAGACAAGGUGCCAGCUGAUAUUCGUAUCACGACGAUUUACUCGACGACACUUCGUGUUGAUCAGUCGUUAUUGACAGGUGAGAGUGUUUCGGUGAUCAAACACACUGACCCAGUGCCUGAUCCACGUGCUGUCAAUCAGGACAAGAAGAACAUUUUGUUCUCCGGCACAAAUAUCGCUGCUGGUAAAUGUCGAGGUGUUGUUAUUGGUACUGGUCUUAAUACUGAAAUUGGUAAAAUUCGAUCUGAAAUGGCUGAAGCUGAAGAAGAGAAGACACCUUUACAACAGAAAUUGGAUGAAUUCGGCGAACAAUUAUCAAAAGUUAUCUCAGUCAUUUGCGUCGCUGUGUGGGCUAUUAACAUCGGUCAUUUCAAUGAUCCAGUUCAUGGCGGUUCAUGGCUUCGAGGUGCUAUCUACUACUUCAAGAUCGCUGUCGCUCUCGCUGUCGCUGCUAUUCCCGAAGGUCUACCAGCUGUCAUCACAACUUGUCUUGCAUUGGGUACACGCCGAAUGGCCAAAAAGAAUGCCAUCGUCCGAUCACUUCCAUCCGUCGAAACACUCGGUUGCACGUCAGUCAUCUGCUCCGAUAAAACUGGAACGCUAACAACUAAUCAAAUGUCCGUUUGUCGAAUGUUCAUCUUCAGCAAAGUCGAAGGCAACGACUUUCAGAUUGAUCAGUUCGAGAUCAGUGGGUCAACCUAUGAGCCCAAGGGUGAUAUCUUGUUCAAUGGCUCGAAGUUCAACUGUUCAGAUCGAAGUGGCUUGGUCGAGCUCGCUGAGUGUGCAGCAUUGUGUAACGAUUCAGCAUUAGACUUCAACGAAACGAAGAAAGUUUAUGAAAAGGUCGGCGAAGCAACCGAAACAGCGUUGACAGUGUUAGUCGAAAAGAUGAACGUGUUCAAUACGGACAAGUCUCGUUUGUCACCUCAAGAGAUGGCGAUGUCGUCGAACACAAUCAUUCGUCAGAAGUAUCGCAAGGAGUUCACGUUGGAAUUUUCUCGUGAUCGUAAAUCGAUGUCUACCUACGUGACACCAGCAACAAAAGGUGCAGCUGGUGGUAGCUCGACAGGCGCAAAGAUGUUCGUGAAAGGCGCACCAGAGUCAGUGGUAGAACGAUGCACACAUAUUCGAGUUGGAACACAAAAAGUACCAAUGACCUCAUCAAUCAAACAAGAAAUCUUAAAACUUGUUCAUCAAUACGGAACAGGUCGAGAUACUCUUCGUUGUUUAGCUUUGGGCACCAUCGACAGUCCAUUACGUCGAGAAGACAUGGACUUAGAAGAUGCACGAAAAUUUAUCGGCUAUGAAAACAAUAUUACUUUUGUUGGUGUUGUUGGUAUGCUUGAUCCACCGCGGUCAGAAGUUAUUGACGCUAUUGAACGAUGCCGUGAUGCUGGUAUUCGUGUCAUUAUGAUUACGGGUGAUAACAAGAAUACAGCUGAAGCUAUCUGUCGUCGAAUUGGUAUCUUCAAAGAAAAUCAAGACACACGAGGAAAGGCAUUUAGUGGCCGUGAAUUCGAUGAUCUCUCGCUCGAGGAGCAAUCGGAUGCGUGUCGUCAUGCGAAAAUGUUCGCUCGUGUCGAUCCUGCACACAAAUCAAAGAUUGUCGAGUUCUUACAAUCUCAUGGUGAGAUCACUGCUAUGACUGGUGAUGGUGUCAACGACGCACCUGCUUUGAAAAAGGCCGAAAUCGGUAUUGCUAUGGGUUCUGGUACUGCCGUCGCCAAAACAGCUGCUGAGAUGGUCUUGGCCGAUGACAACUUCUCAUCAAUUGUAUCAGCUGUCGAAGAGGGUCGUGCAAUCUACAACAACAUGAAACAAUUCAUCCGUUAUCUUAUUUCAUCUAAUGUCGGAGAGGUCGUCUGUAUUUUCUUGACUGCUGCACUUGGUUUACCUGAAUCGUUGAUUCCUGUUCAAUUACUUUGGGUGAACUUGGUAACAGACGGCUUACCAGCUACAGCUCUUGGGUUCAAUCCACCUGACUUGGAUAUCAUGGAACGUCCACCACGUAAUCCCAAAGAAUCAUUAAUCACACCUUGGCUCUUCUUUCGAUACAUGGCUAUUGGAACAUACGUCGGUGCAGGUACUGUGGGUGCUUCAUGCUGGUGGUAUGUUUCGUAUCAUGACGGACCGUUACUAACAUGGACACAAUUGAAACAUCAUUUUAAAUGUCAAGCAGGUGGUAAAGAAUUCGAAGAUAUCGACUGCGAUGUCUUCGAUGAUCCACAUCCCAUGACAAUGGCCUUAUCAGUUCUAGUCACAAUCGAAAUGUUAAAUGCACUUAACAGUCUAUCUGAAAAUCAAUCUCUUCUCAAAAUGCCUCCAUGGUACAACAAAUAUCUUCUAUUUGCUAUUGCUCUAUCAAUGUCAUUACACAUGAUGAUUCUCUACGUACCAAUGUUUAACACCGUAUUUCAAAUUUGUCCUCUAACAGUGGAAGAAUGGAUGGCUGUAAUGAAGAUCUCUCUUCCUGUUGUAUUUCUGGACGAAGUACUGAAAUUCAUAGCUCGGAAUUAUAUAGACGGUAAAUUUCCUCCCGCCCCGUUGCAAUAG